UUUCCACCAUCAUUCUCCCUUAAACGACGCCGCAUCUUCUCCUUUCGGACAACGCAGCGAAUCCGAGGAUUUUACUACAAAACAAAAACAAACAAUCUCUUCCUCCUUAACCUUUCUCUUUCUCACUCGCUAUCUACAUCACAAAGCUCCCUGCUUCACAACUUUCCCUACUUCCACACAUCAUCACGGCCCACUUCACUGCUCUGUUCAGUCUUCUGACUCUCCCUCUAAAGCUCUGAUCUUUUGGGUCUUCCCUUUUUGGGCGUUGGGUCAAUGGCUGAUUGUGCCUGGCAGCAGCAAUGAAGGUCACCACCGGGAAACCGCAUUCGUCGGCGACGGCGGCGCUAGUGGGGGCUUCAAUCCUUACUUCCAAGGCGUUUAAUCAGAGCCCACGUCAGCAAAAUCCAGAUUCAGAUCUCGUCAGGCCGCCACGGCGCAGGACCCGGAGCCUCACCCGGUUGAAGCGGGUCGCCCCUUCUGUCGGGCGGCGGAGCAGACCCGAGACGCCCCUGUUGAAAUGGAAGGUCGAGGAGAGCGGAGAGAGAAAAAAUGGUGGUGGGGCUAAGGGGGAUGGGGAGGAUAUUGCUGUGGCUGCGGAUGAGGGUGAGGAGAAGCAGGGGAAUGGUAAAGAGGAGGGUAGGAGAAGGAGGUGCAAGAGAAGCAGUGGGAGUUCUGUUUCUGCCAGGAAGCUAGCUGCUGGGUUGUGGAGGUUGCAGACGCCAGAGACGGCGGUUGGCGGCGGCGGCGUAGGGGAGCGGAGAAGGAGGGAUGGGUUGGGAUUUCAGCCCCGGGCUGCUCAUGCUGGCGUCUCUUUGGCACCCCAUGGGACUGAGAAAGUUUAUGGGUCUGAGUUGAAGGAUCCAUUGCACAGCGCGACUGCCGUAUCUGCUAUGAAGAACAGGUUCUUGUGUAAGCUUGAACCUUCUUUCCAGUUCUCCAACUCUGCAAUGGAGGGCAAAACCAAGUGGGAUCCAGUAUGCUUCGAAACACCGGAUGAAGUACGCCAGAUCUACAGCCACAUGAACCGUCUUGAUCAACAAGUUAGCGCUGUAUCAGUGGUUUCCGCUCUCGAAUCCGAGCUUGAGCAAGCUCGAGUACGCAUCCAUGAGCUGGAAACCGAACGAAGGUCCUCGAAAAAGAAACUCGAGCACUUCCUAAAGAAAGUUAGCGAGGAAAGAGCUACAUGGAGGAGCAGAGAGCAUGAGAAAAUCCGCGCAUUCAUCGACGACAUCAAGUCAGACCUAAGCCGCGAGAGGAAGAACCGGCAGAGAUUGGAGAUUUUGAACUCGAAGCUGGUUAACGAGCUGGCUGAUGUAAAGGUAUCCGGGAAGCGACUGAUGCAAGACUAUGAAAAGGAAAGAAAGGGUCGGGAAUUGAUCGAGGAAGUAUGCGACGAGCUCGCUAAAGAAAUUGGAGAUGACAAAGCUGAAAUCGAAGCGAUAAAGAGGGAGUCGAUGAAGCUGCGGGAAGAAGUUGAUGAUGAGAGGAAGAUGCUGCAGAUGGCCGAGGUUUGGCGUGAAGAACGUGUUCAAAUGAAGCUGGUUGAUGCAAAAGUGGCUCUCGAGGAGAAGUAUUCUCAGAUGAAUAAGCUUGUAUCAGAUUUGGAAAGCUUUUUAAGGUCAAGAGGUGCUGCAAUUUCAGAAGUUAGACAAGUGGAAUCUCUAAUGCAGGCUGCAGCCGCCACUAAUAUCGAAGAGGUGAAGGAAUUCACGUAUGUGCCCUCUAACCCGGACGAUAUAUUCGAUGUUCUUGAAGAAUAUAAUUCUGGUGAGCCAAAUGACGAGAGAGACAUUGAGCAAUGCACGACUGCUUUCAGUCCUGGUAGUCAUUGCAAUGGCUAUGUGAUUAAUCAGAAUGAGGAGAUAGAAGAGGAUGAAAGUGGGUGGGAGACGGUGAGCCAUCUCGAUGACCAAGGCUCGAGUUUCUCGCCAGAUGGAAGUGUUCCAUCUGUCAAUAAGAUUCACAGGGACAGCAAUGUGUCAGAGAGCGGUACAGAAUGGGAAGAAGAAAACAUUUGCAAGGAUACCCAUAUGGCAGAAGAAAUCAGUGAGCUUUGUUCUUUGCCGAAUAAUAGGCAGGUUAAAAAGGCAUCAGCAAUUGCAAGGCUGUGGAAGUCAGGCAGUAAUGGGGAGAACUACAAGAUUAUCUCAGUUGAUGGAAUGAAUGGUAGGUUCUCUAAUGGACGUAAAUCAAGUGCAGGGAUUGUUGUAUCACCAGACAGGGGCUCAGGCAAAGAUAGAGGAGGAAGUUUUAGCCCUUCUGACUUUGUGGGUCAAUGGAGUUCAUCACCCGAGUCGGGGAAUCCCCACAUAACUAGAGGAAUGAAAGGAUGUAUCGAAUGGCCGAGAGGCAGCGUGCAGAAGCACAGUUUGAAGUCGCAGCUAUUGGAAGCAAGGAUGCAGAGCCAGAAACUCCAACUGCGCCAUGUACUGAAGCAGAAGAUUUAGACGUUAAGGGAUGCCCCGCCCACCCCCAAGCCAAAAAAAUGCACUUGCUUGAUCAUGUACCAAUUCCUGUAACAGUAAGAGCCUUAUCAAGAGAUUUAUUCCUUUCUGGGGGCGUACGAGCCCUUCUUGUUGUAAAUGCUCUAGAGGAUAAACAUUUAGCUUCAUCGCAUCUUGGACUAAGGUUUCUUUUGGUAUACAAGUGGGAAUUUCGUAUUGCUUUCUGGGAAAACUCACUGUUUCGUCACACUGUUUCCUUGAAAUGUAUUAAAGAACACGAAGAACAUCCAGUUGUGAUGAAAUCAUGACUUCAGACCAUUCAGCUACAACA